AUGCUGCUUGAAGGGGUUCGGGAUAUUCAUCAUAGAGGCUUUGUUCAUUGUGAUCCAAACCCAGAAUAUAUCCUUGUUUUUCCUUCUUAUCAAAAUGGUUCCAUUUGCAGACUGAAGAUUAUUGAUUUUGGCCAGGUUAGGCAACCUAGAGAAAGACAUCAUAUGCCAGAUCCUGGAGUGUCAACUUUUCCAGGUACAGCAGUUUACUUGUCACCAGAAUCUAUUAUUUAUGGACACAUCAAUACUGCCUUAGAUAUAUGGUCCAUAGGGUGCAUUGUUCUUGAGAUCAUUACUGAAAAACUAUCAUGGAAAGAUCAGAACCCAAUGGAUUUGGCCAUCAAGAUUGGAUUUUUGAGAUAUCUGCCAAAAAUACUGAAAACCAUGUCAAGCACAGGGAAAGAUUUCUUGAUGAAGUGUCUUCAAAGGGAUCCUAGUAAAAGGUGGACUGCUGAUAUGCCUUUAAGCCAUCCAUUUCUCCUUCCAUGA